AUGAGAUUUUCUUCUUAUUUAUAAGGUGAAAAUUAGGCUGACUUUAAAUUACAAAAACAAUUAUUAUGUCAAGAAUGCAAAAAGAAUUGGAAGAGAAGAAAAGAAGAAAAUCAAACAAAAUUUUUUAAUUUUUACCAUCUAAUAAAAUUAUAAAUAGACAGAUAUUUGUAUUUGCUCAAUAAAAUCACACAGUUAAGAGUUUUAACAUUUUUCUAAAUUAUUUCAGCGCGUAAACGAAAUUUUUCUUUUUUCCAGUUAAUGUUCAGUAAAAUCACUGAUACAUAAUGUCAAAUUUUAUUUACUCUGACAUAAAUUAUAUAAAUUGUCUUAAAUUUUGUUUUUAAGUACAUUUUUGCUUAUUUCAAAGCCUUUUUGUGUAAAAGAAGUAAAAUCCAUAUUUUUGCUAAUGAUCUGAAAAUUUUUUAGGUUUAACAAAAAAAUUGUGCACAAUCAAGUUAUGAGAUGAUUAUUUAAAACUUUGGGUCAUAACAAUGCAAAUUGCACAAAAAUUUAACUUAUUCAGCUCAAAAUAACUUUGAUAAGUAUUUAACUGUAGUGGGCUAACAUAUUUAAAUAUUUAAUACAUAAAAUAUCAUCAAGCAAGAGAAUCAAAUUUAAAUGGGAUAGAUUUUGUUAUGA